ACCCACCCCAACACGGUAGCGAGUACGUUCUCCCAGAGGAAUCCUCACGCGGAGUACCGCGCGGAGCUCGCUGUGCAUUCCUUGUCAUUCAGCAGGGGCACCAGCGGAGCCAAGCAGGUGGUUGUAGAAUUUACCAGCCCUCAAAACAGACGGCCACUGCUUGUGUACUGGGACAUUGCACCUACGGGACCCUUUUGAAAGUCAGAAUCGGAGGGUACCAACAAAAAAUAACUAUGCUGCUGGAGUAACACCGUCAUCACAUCCAUAUGCCAGGGGACGAUGGAGUAGGGAUGCUACUGUUAGUGCUGCAUUUGCAGCCAGCCAGGGACACUGAUAAUUUGCAACAUGUGUGUUUUUUAUGCAGAAAACGGUGGACUGUGAACAAGUUUUUGCGGUAAUUAUUCCCAGCUGUGUACUCGCUUGGCAUAUAUUUUAGUGUCAAGUUUUUGUCACACAAAUACCACAGUUGUAGUAUGUCUGCAGCGCCUUCCAGCUCGUCUCACCAGCAGCAGCGGAGUAGAUGCAGCACUACCAGUUCCCCGACCGGGGGUGCCACGGCUAUGCCCCCCAACAACCGGCUACUGCAACCCCUGCGAGCAACUAUACCGUAUCAGCUCCUGCGGGGGGCCAGCCAGCAGCACAGUCCUACGCGGACGCAGUCUGCUUCGGUGGGCAGUAAUACGGGGGUGAUGGCGUCGGCCCGCUGUCCCAGUCCGCCCAGUCCCAUCCUGGAGAGCAGCAACGGACUAGAGAACAAGGGGUUUGGCAAGCAGAGGCGAUCUCCACCGGAGAGCAGGAGCUCACCUGAAAGACAGAGUAGCCCGAGCUCACCAGCGUGUAGAGCAGUUGAACGAACCAAAUCUCAGCGAUUUCGAACUUCAGGUAACAUCAGGCGGACUUCCUCACUGGACACAAUAACAGGGACAUACCUCACAGGACAGUGGCCACGUGAUCCCCACAUACAUUACCCUUCUUGUAUGAGAGACAAGUCUACACAGACUCCCAGCUGCUGGGCAGAAGAUACAGUAGAAAAACGAAGCACACAUCAGCGCUCCGCUUCGUGGGGAAGUGCUGACCAACUCAAGGAGAUCUGUCUGAAUAACACGGGACUGCAUACAGUGUCUCCCACCCCUCUCUACCCAAGUAAUGUAUGGCUACCAAAACAGAAUGACAUCAGUGGCUGGAUAUUAGUGAUGGGUGACUGGAGUGACAUCAGGCAGAUCGCAAAACUCAGGCAGCAGCUGCAGCGCAGCAAACAGAGCAGUCGUUAUAGUAAAGAAAAGGACCGCCAGUCACCACUCCAUGGCAACCACACUGCAAUCUGUCAAACUCAGGCAUCUGUUUCAAAGUCAGUCCCAAUGCAGUUGUCAAAUAUGUCAGUGCCAAAGUCAUCAUCGUCACGGGUGCCAUACAGUGUCGAAGGAAUUAGUCCUGAACUGGAAAAGGUGUUCAUUAAAGACAACGGAGAAAAAGAAGUAACAAAGAUAUGUUCUUGGGACGUACCAGAUGGCCACAAAGCACCUGUACCAUCUCAGUGUCAUAGCAGCACACGCAGCAUUGAUACGCAGACACCAUCUGUCCCAGAACGCAGUAGCAGUUGCAGCAGCCAUUCACCUUGUGUCUCCCCACUUGGCCUUAUUGAAUCUCAAGAGGGUAGUCCAUGUUCUACAGAGGAUCCACUUUACGAGCGAGAUAAAGAGAGUGGGAGUGUGUCACCAUUACCCAAGUAUGCUUCAUCUCCAAAACCCAACAACAGCUACAUGUUCAAACGAGAGCCCCCUGAGGGCUGUGAACGAGUGAAGGCCUUUGAGGAAAUGGCGACACGCCAGCCUAUUUCAGCCCCUAUGUUUUCAUGUCCUGAUAAAAACAAGGUUAAUUUCAACCCUACAGGAAAAGCUUUCUGUCCAGUGAAGUUUCCGGGAUCUCUGUUACCCUCUGCAGACCUGACUCUAAAAAAUUCUUCAAACUCUGGGUCAAAUAUCAGUCAAAGCACAGGACUGAGUAGCAUGCUUCUUGAGCAGCUUUCAUCUCAGGUCUCUCUGUCACUUAGCACCAGCACCGGCGACUCUCCUGAUGUCCUAAUCUACCAACCAACACAACUGCUGCACCAGAAUGUUCUUCACGAAGAGUAGCCUUUAGCCUAGAACCAUGAGGUUACUUACUGUUGGGCAGAGCAGGCCUCUGCCUUAAUAACGAACUCAGAUGUACAACGAUCACACUUGCAUGGAAUACAUAUUGUGAACAAAGGAGAGGAAGAACUUUAAACAUAUUUAAAACCCAUAUUUUCCAGGACAAAUCCUUAAUCACCAGAAACUUUAUAUGAAGCAAAUAAUGCUAGCAAACUGCAUCCAUCAGUAAGUGUUUUAAGUGGAGACUAUGCAUUUCAUUGUCUAGUAUGUCUGACCAAAUAAAUUAGUAUUCUGUCCUGUGUAGUAUUUCAUCUUCCACAGUAUAAAUAAGUAUGUUUGGUAACAAAACAUUGCCUGUCUAAAUAUAAAAAAAAUAUGUCUUGCUGUGUUGUGUGUCUUAUGGAAAAUACUGUACCUUAUUCAGGCUUAUGUUUACAAACUAUCCAGGUGUUUAUGUGUCUAUCUUCUUUAAUACAGUACGUAUAAUGCAAAAAAGAAAAAUAAAAGAAAAAGUAAAACAAAAGUAAUUGCUGCAACAGGUUGCACAGUGCCCACCCAAUGGCCAAGCUUCAGGUACUUCUGUUGAAGUCUAAAACUCAGGUAAUUUGGAAUGUAUGUACACACUAGAAUAUGAAUAUUUAAGGUUACUUAGGUAACGAAAGACAGCAUCACUGUUAAUGCCUUUGUGUGUUUUGUACAUUUAUCUUUCCACAGUACAUUCCACUUGGAAUAAAAAUGAAUUCAGAUUCAGGAAAAUUCCUGGAUAUGGGCGGAUGAAAGAAAAGAACCAGCAUAACUGUGAUGUCUCGCAUCACUUCUCUUGGUUAGAAAAUUUACACCGUUAUCAGACAAACACACAUAUGUAUAUAUAUAUAUAUAUAUAU